UAUUAUGGAAAAAGAGAUAGAGAAAAAAAAAUUAAGAAUUCUGUGUCUUCAUGGCUUUAGAGGAAGUGCUGAAAUUCUCAAGAAAUUGAUUUUCCGGUGGCCGGAAUCCGUCAUCGGAAAAUUGGAUUUGGUUUUUUUGGAUGGACCUUUUCCAGCUCAGGGGAAAUCUCCACUUGAAGGUUUUUUCGAUCCUCCUUACUUUGAAUGGUUUCAAUCAAAUAAGGAUUUCACAGAAUUUUACAAUUUUGAAGAAUGCCUAGAGUAUAUAGAAGAUUUUAUGUUAAAGAAUGGACCUUUUGAUGGUGUUCUUGGUUUCUCACAGGGAGCUGUUUUAGGUGCAGCAAUUCCAGGCAUGCAAAGGGAUGGAGUGGCUCUAACAAAAGUUCCAAAAAUAAAGUUUGUGAUAAUAAUAUCAGGAGCUAAAUUUGGAGGACCAAUUUAUGGGAUACCAAAAUUGGCUGCAAAUGCAUUUUCAUCUACUAUUAACUGUCCAUCCCUUCACUUCUUAGGGGAGGCAGAUUUCCAGAGAAAAGAAGGUGAAAUUCUGCUAGAGUGUUUUGUGGAUCAACAAGUGAUUCAUCAUUCUAAAGGACAUACCAUACCUAAACUAGAUGAUAGAAACGUUGAAAUAAUGCUUGGAUUUAUUGAAAAAAUUUCAACAACUUUGAAACAGGGCACGAGUUUAUCGACAGUAUAAAUUAUUCUCAAAUGUUAUUUUGUUUUC